CAGCCGCCGCAGCAGCAGCAGCCGCCGCCCCAGGCCCCCCCCAUGGAGCCCGAGGCCCCGGAUUCCCGCAAGAGGCCCCUCGAAACGCCCCCCGAGGUGGUCUGCACCAAGCGCAGCAACACGGGAGAGGAAGGUGAAUACUUCCUGAAGGUGCUGAUCCCCAGCUACGCUGCGGGCUCCAUCAUCGGCAAGGGUGGGCAGACCAUCGUGCAGCUGCAGAAGGAGACGGGAGCCACCAUCAAGCUCUCCAAGUCCAAAGACUUCUAUCCGGGAACCACAGAGAGAGUAUGUCUGGUACAGGGCACAGCAGAGGCCUUGAAUGCUGUGCACAGCUUUAUUGCCGAGAAGGUCCGAGAAAUCCCACAAGCGAUGACCAAGCCUGAGGUGGUCAAUAUCCUUCAGCCCCAGACCACAAUGAAUCCUGACAGAGCCAAGCAGGCCAAGCUGAUCGUCCCCAACAGCACGGCGGGCCUGAUCAUCGGCAAGGGGGGCGCGACCGUGAAGGCCGUGAUGGAACAGUCGGGGGCUUGGGUGCAGCUGUCCCAGAAGCCGGAGGGCAUCAACCUGCAGGAGCGCGUGGUGACGGUCAGCGGCGAACCCGAGCAGGUGCACAAGGCUGUGAGCGCCAUCGUGCAGAAGGUACAGGAAGAUCCCCAGAGCAGCAGCUGCCUGAAUAUCAGCUACGCCAACGUGGCUGGGCCAGUGGCCAACUCCAACCCCACCGGCUCGCCGUACGCCAGCCCCGCCGACGUGCUGCCCGCCGCCGCCGCCGCCUCGGCCGCCGCCGCCUCGGGCCUGCUGGGCCCGGCGGGGUUGGCGGGCGUGGGGGCCUUUCCGGCCGCCCUGCCUGCCUUCUCGGGCACCGACCUGCUGGCCAUCAGCACGGCACUCAACACGCUGGCCAGUUACGGCUACAACACCAACUCCCUCGGCCUGGGCCUCAACUCGGCCGCAGCCUCCGGGGUCCUGGCCGCCGUGGCCGCCGGUGCCAACCCUGCUGCCGCCGCGGCCGCCAACCUCCUGGCGUCCUACGCCGGCGAAGCAGGGGCCGGGCCAGCGGGAGGGGCUGCUCCGCCUCCACCCCCGCCGCCGGGAGCCCUGGGGUCCUUCGCCUUGGCCGCGGCCGCCAACGGCUACCUCGGGGCCGGGGCGGGCGGCGGGGCCGGCGGAGGGGGCGGCCCGCUAGUGGCCGCUGCGGCUGCAGCGGGGGCGGCUGGGGGCUUCCUGACGGCGGAGAAGUUGGCUGCCGAGAGUGCCAAGGAGCUGGUGGAGAUUGCGGUGCCUGAGAACCUGGUGGGAGCCAUCCUGGGCAAGGGGGGCAAGACGUUGGUGGAGUACCAGGAGCUGACAGGCGCCCGCAUCCAGAUCUCCAAGAAGGGCGAGUUCCUGCCAGGCACGCGGAACCGGCGGGUCACCAUCACGGGCAGCCCCGCGGCCACGCAAGCCGCUCAAUACCUCAUCAGCCAGCGGGUCACCUACGAGCAGGGAGUGAGGGCCUCAAACCCCCAGAAAGUGGGAUGAGGCCUGUGGUGUGUGCUCCCACCUGGCUCCCUGUCCCUCCUCCUCCCCCUCCUCCUUCUCCUCCUCCCCCUCCCCCUCCCCCAACUCCUGACCUCAGCUCGGUAUAGUCCUGCUCCUCUUGGGAUGGGGCUGGGGUAGGCCUGACUGCACCCCCCCCACCCCUUUUCUGGUAGUCAUAGGCAGGAUUGAGUGAUGGCUGGGGACGGGGCCGAGAAGCUCCCUCCCCAGCCCUGAACUGACCCCUUCUUCCCUUCCUCCCUAUGCUUGACUGGGCCUGACCCUCCUCUCCCAGGGCCCAGGUCUGUGUGAUAUCUGUAUAUAUUGCAUUUUGUUGAUUUUAAUAGAAAACAAAGCGUUAUUUUCUCUUUUCUUUCCCUCCUUUUUUUCCCCCUCCUUUGAUAAGGAUUUCCCCUCCCCCCUUUAUAAGCUUUUUGUUUCCAUAUGGGAGGAGGGGAGGAGCCUCUGGGUCACCUAGAAUGACGGGCCUCUCCUGCUUUCAGCUCCGGAUCUGAGGGACAUGAUGGAAGCAGAGGUAGCAGAGGAGUGUGAGUUGAAAUGGGGUAUUUGGAGCAAGGACCCCAGAGUUCCCAGAUUUUCUCAGCUACUC